GUUGGGGAGUGUUUUUUGUCAUUUCUUAAUAAACAAGUUUUUUCCACUUUUCCUCCGAGGAAAUUCUUCCCGAACCUGGUGGUGAUGGUGGUGGGGGAGUUGUGGAGGUUUGUUUCCUUUAAGAAGCUCCUUUGGAGAUUUUCCCCUAAUUUGUCCUAAACCAGGACACUAUGACACUCCAUAAAAAAUAUUUCAUUGAGCUACACAUAUGAAAAGGCCAGCAGAAGAGAUCGAACUCGGCUGUUGUUGCUAUGAAUAUGUGUCAGAUUUUUCACCCAGAGUCCUUCUCCAGUUUCUACUGUACACUUUUAUGAUACUGUUAAGCAUUGCCCUUUUACUGCAGAAUUUGAUGUCAGAGAAAGAAGUAGCAGUUGUUAAGAAGAGAGAAGUAUUGCUCUUUGACAUGAAGGUGUACUUUAGAAAGAACACAUUAAUUUGGUCUUUAUUUAUGUACUAGUAUUUUUACAGCUGCCUUCUACAUGUGCCUAUGUUCCCAUGCCUGUUAAUAAGAGACCAGUGUUUAAGGUAAUAAAGUAUGGGAAACAUUGCUCCUGUCUUACCUGUGGAAUGCUUGGGCAGGAUUAUAGAGGAAUGAGUGAUGCAGGCAGGGGCAGAGCUCAGGCACAACCCCCAGAUCUUGGUCUGAACCAGUUCCCUCCAUGUCACCAGGUUUAUAACCGACAAAAUUAUGUACAAUCUUCAAAAGAAUUAAUUCUACAGCAAGGAUGUUUUGUAAUCAGUAGUUGUAGAGGUUUCAUGUUCGCUGAAUUCUGCUUGUUAAAUUUAGUGUAGUGGUCUAAAUAGUCUCUUGUUGUGAAAAUAAGAUUAGGAGAAAAGGCAAAACAGGCUUAACUUAAAGAUAAAAAUAGAUAGAUUUAUUAACACACACCAAAAGAAAAAGGGAAAGAAAAAAAAAAUAAAAUUGAAGCUUUCAAAGCACUCCCCCCCCCCCCUCCCCUGUUAAUGGUUUACUUUCUCACAUAAAACACAAAGAGACAAAACUUGGAAUUUUCAGUCAGUUUCACCAUUCAAAAAUAAUCUUUCAUCAGUUCUUUUAGGAAAGGAGUCUCUCUUAGAAACUUCUUUGGAAUUUCUCUACUGACAACAUAAAAGUUGUCUUGUGGGUCUCAUCUCUCACAAAGACAGCCGCCCAGAAAACCUGCCUUUGUGAGGUCCCUCCCAAUAGCAGCUUUCCCAACACUGCAUAUGGGCCACAUCUGCUUAUUAGGGGCACUGUUUAAGGAUGCCUCUUCUAGUAUAAAACAAAGAUUCUCUUCUAUUUCCAAAAUCACCUUCAUUUCAAAAACUAAAAAUCCCCUUUUCCUUAGGAGCAAAGAGCUUCAUAUCGCUUUUAACUAGAGCUUUACAUCCCCCCCAACAGCAUUCAUAUGUUACAGGAAAAAAUAGUCCAUUAUCCAUAGUUUACUAGAGAUGUCCAGCCAAAUUAGGCCACUCUGAUGGUGAAGGGUUAAAAAAUAUAAUUUCUGUAUAAGUUAACCACAGGGUUAAGUUGAGGUAUGUGUGGGGGGGAGGAAGGUAGAGAACGUACAACUGGAACUUGAUGCAGCUCGGCUUUGGAACAAGCGUCAGCUUCUGCAACCAGCUCCAUGCUAUUGUAAUGACCGAAUCAAGUGUGACUGCAACCCAGGAGAUAAUUGAGAAGCAUUGUUUUAACCAAAUCAAGUGUGGAUCAGGGUAGAAGCGUAGGUAUGAUUUAAGAUAGUAACUAAGGAAUAGGAUAAUCAGUAUCUAGGGGUGGAGGUUAGUUAACAUGUGUAUAAUUUAAACUAUAAAAAUCACAAAUCGACUCUGUAUUCUUGGGCACAAGAUUUCGGCACUGUAUUCCCGUGUCCCGCACGCUUGAAUAAAGAACCGCAUAUGAUCGCCUUCGUGUGGUUAUAUGUUUUCCCAGGACGGGACCUUGUGGGCGCAGCCAGGACCCUGUGACCCGAUCACGCUCCAGCCGGCACCAGGUGAUUUCUCGAGGAGCUUAUCAGCGCCGCGACCCUCGCCGCUCACAAUGACCCCUGGUGAGAGCUCGGCUUCGAAGUGUUCUCGUGUGGAACCGACCACUGGCCCUGGAGAAUCCAGUCCACAACAUCAAACCAGGAGAUGAAGUAUACAUCAAAACCUGGAACGAAGAACCACUAAAAGAGAAGUGGAGUGGUCCCCAUCAGGUACUGCUAACCACCUUUACAGCAGUCAAAGUGGCUGGAGUGGAACCCUGGAUACACUACACGUGCGUGAAGAAGGUCCUCCAUGGAGUCCAGUAGUGGGCUGUAGAAACUAUAGGACCGACAAAACUGAGGCUGAUAUGUCUAACUGUUCAAAUGGUAUCGGUAAUUGUGCUCAUGCUCUUCUUGUGGGUAAUGUUAAUUUCAUGGAUACUAAUGUCACCAGUAGGGAUUGCUGUUACUUUGGGAUAUGGAAUACAGGAGGGUCAACUAACCACUCUUCAUUCUAGAAUGAAGAGAGAGGUACAGGCAAAGACAUAAGUAAUAGAAAUUUCUAAUGAAAUUCGGGCUGAAAAUGUAAUGAUUAGAUUGGUCAGACACUUUGCCAAAAUGCACAAUACCAGCAGAAUAACGGCCUGUCUGCCAAUACCAAAGGCAGCAGGGGACCCAGUAAGCUGGGGAAUAAUAACAUCGAAAUUACCUGAAAUAGGAGGGAACAAAACAAUCAAAUGUAAACAGGUACCAGAGUCAAGGGUGGUGGUCAGAGAGUACUGGAAGAUAACAGAGAGUUGCUAUAUGCAACCCAUGAGAAAGUCAGACUGCAUUCUCAGUAAUGGCAAAUUAGGACAAAUCAUAGAGUGGUGGGUUAAGGACCAAGACCUUGCAAAAUGGCAAUGUUGGUUUCUACACUAUCAAAAGAUCAGGGACAAUGCUACAGAAAGUGUUGUGGUGUGGAAAUGUGAAGAAAAGGAUUGGAAAGGACUGGAACCCUGGGACAGUGCAUGGUCUAUGAGCAUCCUCCAGAAAUUCCAAUAUAUGGAAAGCACACCCUGGUGCAUUAAAUGGAAAGGCUCUGAAAAUGAGACAGAUCCCACAGUGAUGAGUACUGGUACUAGCAGUCAGAAAGAGGCAAAUAAAGUAAGUUGGUGGGUAUGUAAUAAAAUUUAUGAUUGCACCUCUGAUAAUCUGGAAAUAAAACAGUGGUCACCAUUGGCAGUAGCCUUACAAAUUGGUUGUGCCUGCAGGAAAAUUAAACACAAACAAGGCAAAAUAGAUUCCAAGAUUAUAGUAAGAUGUAGCAGGAGUUCAAUUCGAAGUCCAGGACCGUUUGUAUGGGCAAUGAGUGAUGGCACAUGGACAACACAUUUGCCUAUGGACGGGGAGGUAAGAGAAAUCACCCUGGGACUUCCCACCUUAUGUCCAAUUUGGAAGAAAUCCCCAUUUAACGGGAGCAGUGAACCCUUGCAAAUAAAAGCAAAAUGAGAUGUCUCAGAGGACAAGAACCCAGAUGACACUUGGAAGGAACCCUCUAGUAAAGAUUGGGUGGGCCCUAGAAUCCUUGUUUAGUCCCAUUGCAAAUUAUCGAAAUAGAGAAAUGCUAUAUAGACUCACAGGUCAGGUAGAUAGAUUAGCAAGAAUCACACAAGAGGGAUUUAGGGAACUCAAUGUGCAAUUACAGGCCACCACCAAAAUGACUGCAAAAUCGUUUGGCUUUAGAUAUGUUACUUUUGAAAGAACACGGAGUGUGUGGAUAUUUAAAGGGACAAAUUGACCAUUGCUGCAUCCACAUCCCAAAUGUAACUGCAGAUGUAGAACAUGACAUCAGCCAGUUAAAACAAAUAGAGCAUGAGGCACAAAAGGAACAAAAGGAUUUAGCUACCAGCUGGUUAGGUAAAAUCUUUGAAGGAUUAGGAUGGAAUGUGAGUUCAUGGAUAAAGUCUAUCCUUGAAAAUCUGAUAAUUUUACUAAUUAUAUUUUUAGUAAUUUGGUCAGUUUACAGAAUCCUGAAGAGAGAGAUACAGAAAAAGGCAUCUGGGAACAGGACCAUAAUGAAGGCAUUGGCACGGAAUCCAUAUCCAGUGCCUCCAAUCCGCAACAACAUCCCGGACAAAGCCUAUGACAACAGAGGAUUUGAAGAUGAACAUCCAGUAUAAACUCUGAAGCCUAAUGGACUGUAUUAAGUGAAAGCAUUUACACUUAGUAUAUUAGAGUGAAAAUACUUUCAAAGGGGAGAAUGAUGGUGGAGGGUUAAAAAAUAUAAUUUCUGUAUAAGUUAACCACGGGGUUAAGUUGAGGUAUGUGUGGGGGGAGGAAGGUAGAGAACGUACAACUGGAACUUGAUGCAGCUCGGCUUUGGAACAAGCGUCAGCUUCUGCAACCAGCUCCAUGCUAUUGUAAUGACCGAAUCAAGUGUGACUGCAACCCAGGAGAUAAUUGAGAAGCAUUGUUUUAACCAAAUCAAGUGUGGAUCAGGGUAGAAGCGUAGGUAUGAUUUAAGAUAGUAACUAAGGAAUAGGAUAAUCAGUAUCUAGGGGUGGAGGUUAGUUAACAUGUGUAUAAUUUAAACUAUAAAAAUCACAAAUCGACUCUGUAUUCUUGAGCACAAGAUUUCGGCACUGUAUGCCCCUGUGUCCCGUGCGCUUGAAUAAAGAACCGCAUA